UUACACCGGCUAGGAAGACCAUGUGCUGCCGCUGCUACUGCUGCUCCCUCCUCCAGCGACUGGCGGCGAGACUGCCGAGCGUCUUCCCCGCGACAGGUGCUGCUGCCGGCUCUCUCCCGCGGCUGAUGCUGGGAUGCAGAGCGCUGGGUCUGGGAGGCUGAUUCUGCCCUCCAUCCUUCCUGAGCGCUGCGAGGGGACCCGGGAGGUGCACGUCCAAUGGAGCAAGAUUACAUCCACAUGCACAAUGGCUCUCUGCACGGCUGUGGCUUAGGAUACGUACCUGUCGUCUACUACAGCUUGCUUCUUUGCCUGGGGCUACCAGCUAACAUUUUGACCGUCAUCAUUUUGUCCCAGCUGGUGGCACGCAGACAGAAGUCCUCCUACAACUACCUUCUGGCUCUGGCAGCUGCUGAUUUGCUGGUGCUCUUCUUCAUUGUCUUCGUUGACUUUUUAUUGGAAGACUUCAUCUUGAAAAAGCAAAUGCCAGAGGUCCUGGACAAAAUCAUCGAGGUCUUGGAAUUUUCGUCCAUCCACACAUCCAUUUGGAUUACUGUUCCACUGACCAUUGACCGCUACAUUGCUGUCUGCCACCCUCUCAAAUAUCACACGGUUUCUUACCCAGCCCGUACUCGGAAAGUCAUUGUCAGCGUUUAUAUCAUUUGCUUUCUGACCAGCAUCCCUUAUUACUGGUGGCCCAAUAUUUGGAAAGAGGACUACACAAGCACACUGGUCCAUCACGUCCUCAUCUGGACCCAUUGCUUCACUGUCUACUUGGUGCCCUGCUCCAUCUUCUUCGUCUUAAAUUCCAUCAUUGUGUGCAAGCUUCGCCAGAAGUGCAAUUUCCGCCUGAGAGGCUAUUCCACUGGGAAAACCACCGCCAUCUUGUUUACCAUCACCUCCAUUUUCGCCAUCCUUUGGGCACCAAGAAUCAUCAUGAUCCUCUAUCACCUUUACGUCUCGCCAAUACACAACAGCUGGUCAGUCCACAUUGUCUCAGAUGUUGCCAACAUGCUGGCGCUGCUGAACACAGCCAUCAAUUUUUUCCUGUACUGUUUCAUCAGCAAGCGCUUCCGCACAAUGGCAGCCACAACGCUCAAGGCUUUCUUUAAGUGCCAGAAGCAACCCGUCCAAUUCUACACAAACCAUAACUUUUCCAUAACUAGCAGUCCCUGGAUAUCUCCAGCCAACUCCCACUGCAUCAAAAUGCUGGUUUACCAAUACGAUAAGAAUGGAAAGCCUAUAAAGAUAUCGCCAUGAUAGUCACCCAAAAGGUUUCCCAAUGGAGGAAAGUUCUUUUCAAUUGGUUACGUCAAUGGGCUGCAACUGCCGGAGGAGCAAUGGUCACUGCUAAGAGUGGCUGUUGGAUUUAAUUUCUCUCCCAGAGUCAGGAGAAGUUGGCUAGAACUGUUAACAGGAGCCUUUGAUAUCGGGGAGAAAGAAGG